AUGUUAGCAAGUACUUUGAAAAGAUUAACAACUGUUAAUAUCAGUAAUACUUAUCUUAAAUAUUUGUCAACAAGUGAAAAUAAUAAAGAAUUGGAUAAAUUAUUUAGCAACAUAAGAAUUGAAUACAGAGGCCAUGAUCCAGCUGUUUUACAAUCAUAUUCAUCAUUUCUUUUGAAUGUAUGUGAACAUUUAAAAAUUGAUAAAACUCCUGUUAAAAAACAUCCAUAUGUAAGAUGGGUGGAAUGGUUACUUAGGUCAAAAUUCGUUCACAAAAAAUAUAAACUUCAUUACGAAACAAGAACUCAUAUUAGGGAAAUAAGUAUCAAAAAUGUUACCGGAUCUACUGCAAGUACUUUUCUUGAAUAUGUUCAACGAAAUAUACCCGAAGGUGUGGCUAUGAAAGUAGAUUAUACUGAAAUAACUGAUUUUCCAGAUCCCAUCAAAAAAUUAAUGGAAAAAAAAUAG